CCUGACGCGCAGGUGCAACGUGAUGACGUCAUGAUGUAUCAUAAAUAAGUGAAUGAAAGCGGAAGUUCAGCAAGUUUUGACGGCGCGACGCCCAGCGGUCACUCUUCGAGAGCUAACGGACUUUGCCCGAAAUGGCGAACGGACACGUUGAAAUCCACGACCCGUUCUCCGACAGCGGUCGCCCAGUGAGCCGGAGCAGUAACGAGGCCACCUCAGAGAAGAGCAGGAUGGAGGACACCAUGGAGUUUCGAGUGCUCAUGGCUUACACUCAGAGGAGGCGGCCAUCCAACUUGAACAACAAUGGGAGCGCAGACUGUCCCUCUGCUCACGCUGGUGUACUUGACUCUGCAAAUCAAACAGUUAAGCCAAAGAAGAAGAAGAAGAAGAAGAAGGUCUUGAGCAAAAUUUUUCAGUGCGUCAAGCCUCCAAAAGAAGAUCCCCCAGAGGACGGUGAGGUGAGACCUGCGGGUGAGACGAAUGGGGACAAGCCUCUCAGCUUCAGGUCUGCUCACAGUGUCGGUAAGAACAGCACUCAGACAGGCGGACUGAAGGGUGGAAGUGAGGAAGAGGAUCUAGAAGAGGUGGUCAGCCAGCUCAUCAAGAUGGCAGAUAAAAUCCCCUUCUCCCCCCCUGAGGUGGAGGAAGACAGUCCAGAAGAGGACGCCAGUAUAGGGAAGCUGAUUGGCCUCCUGCUCAGAGAUCAGGGGGACAAACUGAACGAGAGUGUGGAGCUAAGAAAGGCCCUGCAGUCCGCAGGAGCUUAUAUGAGCUACACGUUCUUUGAGAAACUGAUGCAGACCCUGCUGAGGAAGAUGGGCCUGAGGAGCCAAGACCCUGAUGCCUCCCAAAAGACCCAGAUUGCAGUCACAUGUGAGGUCACCAGCCGACUGUCGGCUGCUGAUACCCUUCCUAUGAACAGACUGCUGGGAUAUGGCGCCACCUACCUAAAGACACAUUCCUCUCCCUGGGCCCAGCAUCAUGGAGGAUACGAAGAAGCACUCAACAGUGACGACGAGGAUGAAGUCCACUGAUCACAUGAUCUUAUGUAGCACAUUGUUGGUAAUUCUGCUGUUUACACUUCUUCUACCAGCAGCUUGAUUCUGGGAAGAUGUGGAAUAGAUUGAUCAGUUUGCAUGAGUUCUCCUUCCUGGCUUUGACAGUUAAAUGCACAGUGAUAAUGUACUCAGUUCACCAGCUGUUUAGGGCACCUUUCUAUGGAAAUGGAGACAUGUAAAAUAAUAUUAUUCUGCUAAUAAAACGGUUUAUUUUUUC